AUGUAUCAGAAUAGAGCUGCUCCAUUAAUAUCAGAUCACAUUGUCAAUCGUCCAACUCCUCUUCGUAUUGAGGUUUUCAAAGGCAGCAUUGAUAAGCCUUCCGAAUAUUUAAAAAACACUGAUGCUGUUGUUGCCAUUGAAAUAAUCGAACAUCUCUUUCCGGAUAUUUUGGAAAAUGUUCCUUACAAUAUUUUCGGAUUUAUCCAACCGAAAAUUGCCUUAUUUUCAACACCGAAUUCCGAUUUCAAUGUCUUAUUCACUCCGCUGGCGAAUGGUUUUCGACAUCAUGAUCAUAAAUUCGAAUGGUCACAGGAACAGUUUAAGGAUUGGGCUCUUAAUAUUUGUGAUCGCUUUCCCAAUUAUCGUGUGGCAAUAUUUGGAGUUGGGGAAUCUCCGCCUGAUACUCCUGACCUAGGUCCAGUUUCUCAAUUUGCUUUAUUCGUUCGAAAAGAUGUCCAUGGUCUUCCACUAGUUUCAGAAAUCGAAGAUAUUCCUGGUGAUUCGAGUCCCGAAACUGCCUACAAAGAAAUCUAUGCCGUCGAUUUUCCAAUGCGUCAUGACGAACGCACUCUAGACCAGAAAAUUUGGGAUGAAGCAAGCUUUUUCAUCAACCAAUACCGAACAUUCGAAAUGUACCACAAUACUGAAAGACUGAUUUAUCAGAUUCCUUUCGAUAAAAUCCUAGAAGCUAUCGAGCCAGUAUCGAACUCAGCCGAAGAUUUGCGUCGGGUAUUACUCGAAAAUGGUCAAGUAAUUGAAAAUGAAUUUGUGGUGGUUCCUGAGGAUGAUCCCAAUCGUAUGGAAGGACGCUGGUCUGGAGACUCUGAUUCGAACUUCGACUACGACUAUUAUGAUGAUGAUGAUGAGGCGAAUUCUAAUAAUGUUUCAAAUGGGCAUUGUGAAAAUGACCAAGAUGAUAAUGCUGCAAUUCAAGAUGAGGAAGAAGAAGAAUGCUGGGAUUAG